AUGAUCAUCCGAAAAAAAAUUUGGCCUCAUACUUUGAGUGAUAUUUUUUCUAUGACUUUUAUAUUGACAAUUGUGCCAAUAAUAUAUUGGUUUGAAUUGUGGGUGGUUUUACCAACACUAUACCAAUAUGGAUCAUUGCCAUAUAUUUUGCAUUUCCUUUUUGGAAAUUUUGUUAUGUUAAACAUAGUUGGAAAUUUUACAUAUAUAGUUUUUUGUGACACCAGCACCAGAAGAGAUAUUAUGCCAAUAAGUGCUGCAAAUACUAAAGAUGGUUGGAGAUUAUGUGCUUCAUGUGAAACUCUUGCACCUCCACGUUCAUGGCACUGUCCCACAUGUAAUACUUGUAUAUUAAAAAGGGAUCAUCACUGUAUUUAUACUGGAUGUUGUAUUGGCCAUUUUAAUCAUAGAUAUUUUAUUAUGUUUCUUCUAUACUUAUUUGUAGCAACAACAUGUAGUUUUUAUUAUAAUAAUUUCUUUAUUUGGAAUAGGAUGCAUUUUGAAUUUCCUGUAUCACUUAUUAAAAUUAUUUUUCCUUUAGCAAUAUUCAUUUUUGGAUUUGAUGGUUCUAUAAAUCAAUUUUAUUUAAUUUUGUAUAUUGUAUCUGCAGUUGGAAUGUUAUACACAGCAGUUUUGUGUAUUUAUCAUAUUUGUUUAAUGUUCAAUGGAACUGUAGCCAAUGAGAGUAAUAAGAAGAUACAUAUAUAUAAUUUAGGUUGGAAACAAAAUGUAAAAGAAGUAUUAGGUGACCGAUGGUACCUUACAUGGAUACUUCCAUAUAUAAAGUCUCAAUUACCUCAUAAUGGUGUAAUAUGGGAUACAUCUAAUUCAUGGAUAUACAUAAAUCCUAAAAGUAAAUAA